AUGGGUUUCAUCGGUGUCUAUACCUCCAUCUACGACUACCACCCGCAAGCGCAGGGCGAAUUAGAGCUGCGUGAAGGCGAUUUACUUUACAUUCUCGAGAAAAGCGAUGAGGACGAUUGGUGGAGAGCUAAAAAGAAGGCGGACCGGGACGAUGAAGAUGAGCCCGAGGGUCUAGUGCCUAAUAACUACGUCGAGCAGGCCAACCCAAUUCACACUGCGAAAGCGCUCUAUGAUUAUACACGCCAGACAGAUGAAGAGGUAUCUUUCUCAGAGGAUGCGAGCUUGGAUGUUUACGACAUCUCGGACCCGGACUGGACCCUGGUUGGAGUCAAUACAGAUUUCGGAUUCGCUCCGUCAAAUUACAUUGAGAUCACUGAGGAUUCUGUAAACCAUGCGGCAUAUAAUCAGGCGCCUGCGUCACCGGAACCUCCCUCUCCCGCCGUUGCUGCUCCAGUCCCCGAACCAGCAACCCCUAGCCUUCCGCAGCGCCCGGAGGCAGCGCCAACGGAAGAAGUCGGCGGCGCACCUGUCUCGAGAUCUCCCACCGAGGCCGCCCAAAAUCCCGCUGCUGCGGCAAUAGCCAGUAUUCUUCACGAGCAACAUGGGGCUCCAGGGUCGGAUAGGGAUAUUCCCCCGCCCCCACAACCCCCGCGGCCCUCCGAACCCCAAGUGGCCCGCGAACCUUCACCCCCGGCUCCCAAACUGCCUCGAAGACCUCCCUCAGAGCAGUUGGCCUCUCCGGUUCAUCUUGACUCGCCCGCGCCCGAGCUCUCACCUGUUCCCAAUCCCAGACAUGCUUCGUUACGAGAAGGUGACGGUGGGCCCCGGGAAUCGCCCCCGUAUAACCGGGUUGGACGGACAGCACCGCGUUCUCCAUCCGGAUAUCAUAUGUACAAUAUCAACGAAAUGGUUGAGGUUAUGGGUAAAAGGAAGAAGAUGCCCACGACGCUGGGAAUCAACAUUGCCACAGGGACUAUUUUCAUCUCGCCGGAGGACGAGGGGGAAGUGCAGGAGUGGACUGCCGAAAAGCUUACCCAUUACUCAAUUGAAGGAAAGCACGUCUUUAUCGAUCUCGUUCGUCCUAGCAAGAGUGUGGACUUCCAUGCCGGAGCCAAGGACACGGCGCGCGAGAUCGCCUCGGCGCUAGGUGAGAUUUCUGGAGCUUUCCGUGCAGAGGGCUUACGGGAAGUUAUUGAGGCCGGCGCUGGGGGUGGUGGCGCACAGAAGAAAGGAAAUAUCCUAUAUGAAUUCAUGGCGCAAGGUGACGAUGAGGUCACAGUUGAUGUGGGCGAUGAAGUGGUCAUCGUAGAUGACUCCAAGUCCGACGAAUGGUGGAUGGUCCGACGCAUCAAGAACGGUAAGGAGGGUGUAGUUCCAAGUAGCUACGUGGAAAUCAGUGGGUUUGUUACACCGGCGCCUCCGGCCGCAACGGCUGUUGAAUCUGGAUUGUCGGCCGUGGAGAGGAACAGGCUUGAAGAGGCACGUCUGGCUAAAGAGGCCACUCGAAAAUCCGUAUCGGAAACGGCUGAACCGCGAAGCCCACAGCAUCACAAGAGAGACAGCAAGAGUAGCCAGAGGUCCAAGCCUGACCCGGCAAAGGUGAGGACGUGGAUUGACCGGUCCAAGGCGUUCACCGUGGAGGCCCAGUUCAUUGGCUUGCAGGAUGGCAAAAUCCAUCUGCACAAGACGAACGGAAUCAAAAUUGCGGUCCCAAUUCCGAAAAUGUCUUCCGAGGACUUGGAGUAUGUCGAAAAAGUUACCGGUAUCUCGCUCGACGAAGACAAACCGUUGUCCGACCUUCGGCGCCAGCCUCGAGACAAGGCGCGGAGCGAAGGGAAAUCUGGCGCUACUUUCCAACAGUCUGACUAUGAUUGGUUCGAUUUCUUUCUCAAGGCUGGUGUUGGCGUUCAUCAAUGUGAACGAUACGCGCAAAACUUUGCGAAAGAUUCGAUGGAUGAAAGUGUUCUCCCUGAUAUCAGUCCGGAAACUUUGCGCACGUUGGGCCUAAAAGAAGGCGAUAUUUUACGAGUUAUGAAGUACUUGGAUGGCAUGUUUGGGCGGACCGGCCGCAAGGGGAAGCCGCUCAAUGUCAGCUUUGGUGGGGAGGAGGUCAUGGGCAAUGGCGAGGAUUCUGGAAGUCUCUUUGCCGGGCCCGGUGGAACGCUGCGCAACAACACUCGGAAGGGUCGGCCAGCGCCCCCGCUUCAGACAAAUGAUGUGGUUGAUCCGAAGGUGUUUGAGCAGAAGGAUGGCAUAAAGCCAGCGGAAGCCAAGACUGGUACUCCUCCACCGGCGGCUGCCGCUGCUGAGAAACCUGUCCAAAAGGGCUUCGAUGACGAUGCAUGGGAAGUAAAGACUCCGACGCAAACGUCAGCUCCGGCAGCAAGCUCACAGCCUCCCGCUGCGACUAACCAAGCACCAACUGCAGCCAUGGCGGAUUUAUCGCUGCUUCAAGCACCUCUUCAACCGACUCCCACGCAGUCGGCUCCCGCUCCUGCUCAGUCACCCCCAGCAGCGCAGCCUAUCCAAGCUCAGCCGACUGCAGUGCCUGUUCAGUCGCAGCCAACAGGAGCCUCGCCAGGCUUUUUUCAACAACUUGCCCAGGUUCCGCAACAGUCCAGACAACGCCCACAAGCUCCUCAGGCCAUGGGUCAAAACUCUCUUAUACCACCGCCGCCCCAACGGCCGCUCUCUGCGCCUCAGAACAUGCCUCAGCAACAACCCUUUGGCCUUCCUCAGCUACAACCGCAGCUGACAGGCUUGCCUCAGCAAGGUCAACAAAUGACGGGCGCUGGAUUCCAGCAGCCGUUCCAGCCACAGCAAACCGGGUUCAUUGCUCCAAACCAAUUUCAGAACGGACUUAUGCCGCAGCCUACAGGCUUCCAGCCCCAGUCGCAAUUCGGGAUUCAGCAGCAGCAGCAGACUGGUUUCCAGGGUCUCGCCCCACAACAAACGGGUUUCGGUGGUUUCCAAGCCUCACCUCAACAACCAAUGCAAACUGGCAUCAACUCUAUUCUCCCCCCUGCCUUGCAGCCUCAACCCACUGGUAUGAAUGGCUCAGGGUCCAUGGCCUAUUCUCCAUCCCCUCCCCCGAUACCGCCCAUCCCCCAGCAACCCACAGCUAUGCCUUUACAGGCACAGAAGACUGGUCCAGCGCCCCCAAUCCGAUUUGGUGUCAAGCCUGAUGCUCCCAAGAAGCUUACUCCACAGCCGACAGGAAAAGCAAACCUCUCACAAGCUACUCCCACGAAUCCGUUCGGCUUUUAG